AUGGAAUCUCCUCGCAUCUUUGAGCUCUUUCGAUCCAAUCAGAGUCCGCUUGACUCUGAAAGUGGGGAAUUCAUGCGCAUUCUGGCUGCUAGCCAGGAUAGGAAGGGUAGGAAGGGUAUACUAGGGGCUCUGCAGAGUAAAAUAGAUGCCACCCAGGGCCUCUUGGAUUUUUUGAAGGGUCAAAAAAGCAUCGCCGAAUCCAACGAAGCUGACGCUGUCAAGAUUCUUCGCCAACACCGUAUCCUUAACUCAGAUUAUCUCACGAGCAUAUUCCAACAGUGUUUGGAUGAUGUCCAUCCGUUUGGACCCUCGAAAGGUGCUAACUGCUUGAACCCUGUGCGACGGGCACCUUGCGUCAACCUUGAUUUCGGCGCCCAAUACGAGGGAUGCGACUACUCAAAGCGCCUCUUCAGGCUUGGGAUAUUCCUUGUAAGGAGUCGGGGUUAUCCCCUUCGAAUCCGUCUACGAAGCCAGUGGGAUAUAUCCGCCAACCGCAUCUUCCAGGCCCUGCUACCGACGUCAUCUCGGUGGACAGACACAUACUUUUCUUUACUUUCGAAAUCAUUCCGUUCAUUAUCCACAUGCAAAGCAUUCUUCAGUAGAUUGGAGCGGCUACAAGUCAGUCUUGCCGUCUCUAUGGAGCUGGGAUUAGACACCUUCGGAAUGGCACUCAACAUUCGCGCCUGCACGACUAACAUCACCCAACCCUUCCUUGUUUUCAGUCACUUCCCCGGUGCUAAUGUGCAUUCCUAUUCAUCAUUCAGUGGGUCUUUCCGCGAACAAAUAUCCGCAUUGACCUGUUUGCCAAACGUUCGGGAUCUUGUCCUGCGAUGCCAGAAGUCUGAUAUAGAUUUGCGCAGCCCUGCCACGCUUAUCCAUGUACAAAGUCUUGACGUCUUCGAGAUAUAUCACCCUGGUAAUGUCUCACAGACACUCGACAAUCUCGUUUUUCCCUCCCUCAAAAAACUGCGAACGAUGCUCGUCGCAGAAGUACCGUCUUUUCCCGCUCAACUCUACCUUGGUCAUAUCACAUCAUUAGAGUUAACUUGUCGACUGAGCUACGACGAGGAUAUCGAUGCGUUUUUUCUCUUCCUCGCUCCCCUCAUGCAACUGGAAACUUUAUCCAUCCAUGCGCCGCGAAUUCCUGAAACCCUCAUUUAUAGACUGAGGCUGAGUCCUGGGUCAGAUCAGGUUGUUCGUUAUGUUCCGUGGCUCAAGUGCCUUGAUUUGCGAAGAUCGACAUUUGCAGAUGAGAAAAGCGGAACUAAAGCAUUCCUUUUGAUGGUAGAGUCUCGUCGGACAAAUGACGCGAAAGAGCUGAGGGAAGUCUGCUUGGAAAGGCCAUAG